AUGCCGCGAAAACGUGGAAUAGGGGUUUGCGGAUGGAUUGACUGGUCUUUGUGGAAGAUUCCGACGUUUACUGUGUUUACACUAGCAUCUGGUUUGGCAACACUGGCCGCGUUUAUUCCUCAGUUCUUCAUGGUUGCAUAUUGCAAAGAAUUGGGCAUCUCCGCUGACCGUGCAGCGUGGAUGUACGUUUACAUGGGCGUUGCCUCGCUUAUUGGUCACGUGGCAAUCGGUCGUUUGAUUGACAGGCCAUCCAUCCAACCAGGCUACGUGUACCAGGUGUGUUGGGCGAUCGCGGGUGUGUCUACGCUGCUGUCCCGUCUCAGUACAAGCUACGCGUACCUUUCCGUGUACUUCGUAGUGUUCGGAUUCGCGUUCGGAGCUGCGAUCACGUGCUGUGACGUCAUUAUGCUGACGCUAGUCCCCGAGGCACGAGGUGGUACCCUCGGUAUGCACAUGAUGGCGAUGGCCCUCCCGACGGCGACUGGUACCCCAUUAGCAGGUUUGGUUGCUGACGUCACGCAUUCCUACGCCGACACAUUCUACAUAUCAGGAGCCACAAUCCUUUGCGCGGCAUGCAUUCCAUUCUUGAUGUUGUAUUUUCGAAGAUCGAACUACGGUCACGUGACUACCGAUGUAAAUAACGUUGCGGUGUUAAAUGCAUGACCUCAUUCCUAGGUUUUACUCGGUCAGGGUUUGGGGGCUAGCUGACUAGCUGUUUAGAAAAAUUACCCAGAAGACCCUUGAGGGUUGUAAAAAAAAAGAGUCUCGUGAAAUCUA